AUGAAAGGGUGGCUCAGAAAGUGGUUCAUUUUCCAGCCACAUCUCAGAGUGAAUCCCUGCUGGGAUGCUCCACCUUUGAAGGCGAGCAUGUGUCCUCCCCUCUGGUGGUGGCGCUGCACCUCCUCCCUGGUUCUCAGUCCGUCCCUUGUCAUCCAGAAGAAUCACCGCAUCCUCCUCGCUGCCGUUUUCAAGCUGAUGUCCACCGAUGGCUUGUUCCUCCCUCUGGAGUACAGGGUCGCGCUAAUGUUCAGCCCCACGCAUCUCAUCCCUCCGCCCUACCCCAACAUGGAGAAGAAGUUGAUGCAUUCUCUGCUGAACCAUCUACUACUCCUCCUUCCUGAUUCAGCCACCCUGGCAGGAACUGAGGACACCAUGUUUAGCUGCAAGCCACUUCUACCUAUCUCUAAUCCUGCCACUCUAGCAUUGUGUUGGCCCGUGGUCUGGAGCAACUUACAGAGAGAAACAGAGAUUCCUUCUGCAUACCUUGAUAAUGUCUUCCCCUUUGAAGAGGUAGAUGCUCGUCGAUGUGUUCACGAAAUGGCGGCUCUCCUACGUCGUGGACCUUGGGGCUACUUUUUUAUGUUCACUUGCAAUGACAAGGAGACUUUCAGAGUGGCUCCUCUUCAUACUGCAUUGGAGGAAUUCUGUGGUGGCGAUAUGGAGCUAUUCAAUGUAGAACUUGGCAAGUAG